AUGGCGUCUCAGCAGGGCUUGACCAGACUUCAUUUGCUUCCGAAUGAGCAAAUUUUGCUGAGCUAUGCGGCAGAUGAUGUGCAGGAUAUUGUGACCCUGUCCGAGACAGAGGAGUUGGUCUUGCAGUUGGCUAGGCGAGUCCAGGAACAACAGUUGGAGAAAGCUUUACUGGAGCAAGAGUUCGAAACGCUGUCUGGUGACGAUGUUGAAGAGCAGCUUGCGACCGCGGAACGCGAGUUCCUGGAGGCGCGCGCUUCAUUUACAGUCAGAAGCAAAGCUACCCGGACAGUCUUAAUGACUGAUCCUAUACUCAAGGCUGUCCAUUCAAAGGCAAAUAUUCCCCCUGAACGUGCCCUUUUCCGUUUGGUCAAUCGACGUGACGUGCUUGCACUCGCUCAAGAGAACUUGUCGGGAAUUCAUGAUCAAAUUCUCAGGCAAAUGGACGAUCUGAAAAUCGCCAAUCUGACGAUUAACCGAGAAAAUCAAGAGCUGGUGCGAGAGCUCCUGGAGCUCACUAAACAAGAUUCGUCUUGGCGAGAGCAGCUUGGGGACCCUGAGCUCGAAUUGGAACUAACCCGAUUUGAGGCUGAGUAUCGAAGAAGCAAGGCGAAGUGGGACGCCAUGAAGAACAUAGCUAGUGCGAUUGUAGUCGGCAGUGGCCUUGAUUGGGCAAGUGACGAUGCGCUUCGUGCACUAGUGCUAGACGAAAGUGAUGAUUGA